AUGCUCCUUGUUCGUACGCACCGCGGGUGCCUGCUACCUCUUCGAGAAGGCUUACUUAAACGCUUUGCACCAAUCUCUCGCCAUGUGCUUGUCUUUUAUCAGGGAAACUUGAAGGGCUACGAUCACACCAUCAACCUUGUUCUGGAAGGAUGCAAGGAGCGGAUCUACUCUCAAUCACGAGGGGUCGAACAGGCGAGGGAGACAGGCACUUACAGCAGCAUGGUUGUUCAAGUUCAACUAGGUCUGUAUAUCUGCAGGGGAGACAACAUCGCUGUGAUCGGGGAAGUCGACGAGGUGGAGGACGCGAGCAAGGAUCUCAGCAGAAUUAGGGCAGAACCACUCAAACCGGUGACACAUUGA